AGGAUCCGAACAUUGGCAGGCGACCCACCAUUUUUUUGAAUAUGUUGUUCGGUUACCUCCACCCAUAAUUUCAGCCUUUUCAGGAGAAGUUUCUUCCAUCACUUCAAUUUUUCGAAGACUGGCGACGACUUUUUCUCCUUCAACAUUAGGGUUUCAUCACUCGAAGUUCUUCCAUCACUUCAAUUUUUCGAAGACUGGCGACGACUCUUUCUCCUUCAACAUUAGGGUUUCAUCACUCGAGUUUAAGGUUGGAUAAUCCAUUACUUGCCGGGUAUGACCCAUGGAUUUGUAACAAUCAAUCAUGCUUUCCAACAUGCAAGAUCCGGUUUCUCACGGGUCAUCCAACCAGAUAUUUGAAAAUCAUAUGCAGCAGUUAAAACUCUGCAUAAUUUCAGGCUCCAUUAUCUCCAAUUUCAAAAAUCAUUUAAGCGGGCUUCCUGCAUACAUUCUAAGGCACGUCUGGCAAAGCUUCAAUCAGAAUUACCAGUUCCUCGAUAAUGGAUAAUGGUCGUAAGCGUAACCCUCUGGGUUCUGUUUCUCCUUCAUCCGCAAGAAUCGGUCAACGUAGACCAUAUUCACAAAAUGAUCAGCCUCAUACACGCGAAAAUUUGGAUCCGAACAUAAUAUCUGUUCCAAGGCAGGCACCGGAUAUUAGCAGAAACGGUAGUGUGACAUGGGCCCGUCCUUUGCCCACGGGACUUCCAAGCCUUGAUCGUCCAUAGCCUAACAGCGGUUAUUGUUUUUGUUUGGGAUGUAUCAAUGUUCCAAUAUUACACAAGAUAUUCAUCUUCUUAUUCAUCUGCUAAUGAGAGAAAUUUGAUGCGUGAAAAUGCUCAUCCGAAUACAGCGGCAAGGAUACAACAACAUAUUGAUGCAUAAUCACACGAUAUUGUACUCUCGUGUUAGACUUUAUAGUAAUUAAUUUCUUAUCUUAUUUUUCUGAUGAAUAUGGUGGAAUGCAUUAUGUUCAGGAAAAUGAAGAUGGAGUAUCUUCAUUAAUAUCUCAUUAUAUUCCAGCGAGCCUAAAGCCUGGAGCAACUAUUGGCCGAAAAUUAUUAGCAAACCCUCCAAAGAUUCUUAACUUGCACGUUCCCGGGCCACCUGUGCAGGAAAAGCAUUUGUGAGAAACAUCUGAGCAUAGAGGAUUCCUGGUUCUGCAAUUGAUGGCAUAUAAGGAAAUUGUUUAGGCGGGAUUAAAAGAGAUAAAUGAUGGGAAUUCUGAAUCUAUUUCUUGCUGCUUCAAUGCCGGUGCUGAAGGUGCUUUUGGUAACUGCUGUUGGUUCAUUCCUUGCACUAGACCGGAUCAAAAUAUUGACAGAGGAUGCACUGAAGCAUUUAAACACUGUGUUAUUUUCAAAAGCUCGUGUAAUUGGUCUUGGUCCUAAAUUCAUGUCAAUCUACAUUCAGAAGCUAGCUAUUGAGCGGCAUAUAUAUUAUGAUGAAGUUGAAGGAUUGACCGCAGAAUGGCUUGAUGCUACGUGUACAUUGGUACUUAAUUUGAGCACAAGUAAACGUUUGAAUAAGAAGGGGAAGUCCAGCCUAUUGCAGGCCACUUGAGGAGGUUGUGUUAAUCAUUAGUCCACAUAAGCUUAUGCCAGCAGUGGAUUCCUCUGGUGAGUGGUGAGAACUUCAUUACAGUUCUCAUGACAGAGGAUGACGGUCCUCCUGACGUAAGAGCAAGGUUGUAUGUCAGCUCCUAUUGUGGAUAAGGAUCUUUCUGGUCUAAUACUUGGUAGAGCAAGUGGUUACCGAAGAUGACAUGAUUUCCGGUAAAGACUAAGAAUAAUAGACCAUAUGCAAGGCACAGAGUGGGUUCCCUGGGGAUGGAAAAGAUUUUGACAUCAGCUUAUCAUUUGAGGAUGAAAAUUUAUUGGAAAGCUUAAAUAAAAAGAGACCUGGGGUGCAUCCUGGUGAUGUUCUGGAGGCAAGGCACAACAAGGUACUGGCAAGGAUAAACCAGGAGCCAAACACUGCUGAGACAACUAAUGAUAUGCGGUGCUAUAGUAAAAGGUUUCUCCCAGAACAAGAAAAAGAAGACUUGAACGGAUAGGUUCCUGGCCCCUGGGUAUUGUAUUAAGUUAGAUUUAUUGUAGCUUGAUUGUACUUUUAUAAUCUAAAACAAAUGAUUUUCAUUAUAAAAAUUCCGAAAAAUUAAAAUUUUA